UAUAAAAGUCAUCUUAAUUUUCAGAAAUCUAUACUGGGUCAUGGUCUUCCGGGCAUUCCAGGGUCAAAUGGUAUGCCGGGAAUUCCAGGCAUCCCGGGGCCACAAGGACAACUGGGAAGGGAAGGUGCAAAAGGACAGAUCGGUGAUAAGGGAUCACAAGGAAUGCCGGGUCCAAGAGCAGACAGAGGACCCGAAGGGCCUCCUGGGAAGAGCGGACCCCCUGGAAUAAAAGGCACAAAAGGAGACCCAGGCAUUGUGGGGAAUCCAGGGAGAAAAGGAGAGAAAGGAGAAAGCGUCAAAGCAAGUCAAGCAAGUGCAGUACCACAAACCAACUGGAAACAAUGUGUGUGGAAAUCAGAAACCAGUACUAGCAACGGAAAGAUUAAGGUAAACAAGAAAUAUGCUAAGCAAUUGCUAUAGAUCACAAGAUAAGACGAUCUAAUUCGAUAGAAAAAGGUAGAAAAUGUAAGAUUUUGAUGAAAUUAACUUGAAGUCAAUUAAAUAGCUCUGAGAAGAUAAAUCUUCUUUCCUGUGAUGAUCACUCCGUUUAAACUCUUUCAGUUGAUAAUGUAAAUUCCUUCCCAUUUAUUAUUACGAGAAUAGAGACGUUACUAAAUAGAUUUUGAUUGUUUUCCAGGACUGUGCUUUUAACAAAUUAAGGUCUAAUUCAGCGCUCAAAGUCUCAUUCCAGGGAAACAUGAGAGUCAAUGGUGAUCAAAAGUGUAAUCGGUGGUAUUUCAAGUUCAAUGGAAAAGAAUGUUGUGGACCAAUGACUAUUGAGGCUGCGGUCUACAAUGACUGGUUAUCAGGGAACCCUAAUCUGCAUCGUCAUCGGUCAUUUGAGGGGUACUGUGAAAACAUUCCACAAGGGGCAGUUAGAGUGGAAUUAUGGGUAGGGCAGUGUAGUAGCUACACCCUGGGUGAUGCUUACACCGGAUGGGAGUCAGUGUCCCGGAUAAUGAUUGAAGAAGUAUCUAGGGCCCAGUCAUAG